AUGUUGUCAAUUCAACAUCUGAUUGAAAGAGGUUUAACCUCUGGUUUUCUAAAAGCUACUUCUUCUAAUUCUUCCUCGCCGGCCUUCAAUUAUGGUCCGCUCACAUCUUAUUUAUUUUUCAAUUUUCGUCAAGAAUGGGUUCAAUCCUUUAUACGGAAUAGCUCCGGUCGAUAUCAAUUUCUCUGGCUUGACUCAAUCGAUCAAAUUCCCAAUCCAAGUCCGAAUAUGACUCUUGCUUGGCAAACUAAAAUAACAAAUAAUCUUCUUGAACUACCAUUGAUUCUUAAACGUGACGAACACGUUCGGGAUGACGACCAUCUCUGUCUACAAUACGUCAAGCCUACUGAAGAUAUCAAUCUAAUACGCUUAGCAAACGAACGAACAUGUUUCUGGAAAAAGUAUUUUUCCAGUCGUGAUAAACUCGAAUUUUUGUCAUCGAAACAAAAUCAAUUCGACAUUAACUAUCGCUUUUCGCAAGACACCGAACCAUAUCUACUCGAAACUAUUCGAUUCGAUGCUAAUGAUUCAUCCCUGAACUUAUCGUUAAACAUCAAUCACUCGUUAAUUGCAUUAUUACUCGAUUCUCAAAUGAAAUCUUUACAUCCAUUACUCGCACCACAUCAAAUUGGAAUUCAAACAACGAUGAAAUCAGCUGAAAUUUCUCAAUAUAUCUCUAAAUUACUAACGUACAAGUAUCAUUUACGUGUCGUACGUUUAACCGAUGAACAAACUGCAGAUCACAUUCCAUUUCACGUUAAACUCGAUGACAAUUCGUUGAAAACCGGUGUUUGUUCAGUAUGGAAUCGCGAUACACAAUUAAAUGAAAAUAUUCAUGUAAAACUGGUAACGAAACGUUUAGGAGAUUAUUUCAAAGCACUUGAUGAUUUUGCUUGA